AUGGGUCACUCUCAGGAGCUCAGUGAAUUCAAAUGUGGUACUGAGAUAGGUUGCCACCUGUGCAAUAAGUCCAUCCGUGAAAUUUCCUUGCUACUAAAUAUUCCAUGGUCAACUGUUAGUGGUAUUAUAACAAAGUAGAAGCAACUGGGAACAACAGCAACUCAGCCACGAAGUGAGUGGAGUCAGCCAACUGACUGCAGAGUCAAUAGCUAAAGACCUCCAAACUUCUGAAGGGAAAUCUUAAGCCAUCAGCAUACCAGGACAUUUUGGACAAUUUCAUGCUCUCAGCUUUGUGGGAUCCGUUUGGGGAUGGCCCCCUC